AUGGAGGGCACUGUGGAAAUCAUUGGGGAGGGAAACAAGAUGAUAGUGCUGAAGCAGACAAGUGGGGUAAAGAGCAAAACUCCUUUUAACGAUUACAGGGGGGUAGUAAAAUCGGGAAGGACACCUACGAAAGGGUCCCUGUCGCCACACGCGUACUUCAACAUCUUGAGAUACAUCCAUUUCUACAGCUACGUAUUUUUAAAAAACUCAGUAAUAAAAAUUGUGAAGGACAGUAAUGUGAAAAAUGUGAAUGUUACUUUGCAAUAUUAUUGGCUAAAUAAAAUGUGCUACAGGGAAGUGAAGAUCUUUGAAAACAGCUUGCUUGUUCAUAAUAAUUUUGUCGUAUUUGAUUCUCAAUUUAGCGAUUUUGUGAAGUACUCAGUGGAGUGGUACACACGUGGGAACUCCUUGGCCAGGAGAAUUAUCAACAGAGCCAACUACUUCCUUUUUGAUGGAAUAGAAAAAAUCGGCAUGUACUUACUCAAACAUUAUAACAAGUUUUUAGCUUACUUGAAGGAAAAUUCAGACCAUAUUGUGCAGGACAUUUGGAGAGACAUGAAGGAAUUUAUUAACUACGCAACUGAUGAGAAAAAUUUACAACACGUGAAAAAACAAAUUCAAUCGUAUCUGAACAAAACUAGUUACAAAGAUAUUUUUCCACAGGUGUUGCAGUGUUUUGAGAUAUACAUCAAACGGAAAAAUCGCAUUGGGUAUGUGGAGGAGGAUUUAUUUGCCAUUCCGUCCUUUUUGCAUCCAAGCGGUGGACAGGUAAACGCGGAGGAGUCAUAUCUGGGCCUUCCAGAAGGUGUCUCAAUGGGAGACACAAGUGAACUGAUGCCAAACACUCCCUUCUUCGACCAGUACAUAAGUGUCGAGCUAAAGUUGAAGUGCGGAAUGCAGGACUACAGUGACAUGUUGGACCGAUACAACAUACAACAGUUAAUAAAGCAGAGGAACAACCACUACAAACAUUUGUCCCUCUACGUGCCAAGCAAUUUUUUCCAGCUAAAUUAUUGGGAGAUAUUUCGAAAUUUAAAUUUGGUUUUUCUCUCUCAUAGUAAUAAUGUGAAUCUGUAUGUAAAUGGUGAGAGGAGGGUGGAUACAGCGCUACACUCGAUGGACUACUUCAGAUAUUUGUUCUACAACGAUCCGCUGGGUCCGUUCAAUGGGGGCAAGGACCCCCAGGGGAAGCGCUACUUGGCCCACCUAAAUAGUCAGCGUGGGGGAACAAUUGUGCUGCCUUAUGGAGGCACUGAACAGAGCGAACAAACGGAACACACCGAACACACGGCAGAAGGGUCUUCUGUAGGGGACAAGGGAACGGAUGAGGACACGAUCAACGAUUACAUGAACCAGUUGAACCAGAUACAAAUGAAAAUGUCGUGGAAGUACGCCAGUAGCUACAACAUAUUGGACUACUGCCAUAGGAUUGGUUCAGGCGCCAUCCUGGAAGGAGGACGAAGCUGCGGUUUGCUGGGCAAGUGCAGCCAUGAGAAGCGGCCAUCUUUUAAAUGGACCUACAAAAGAAGCCUUUCAAAUAUGGGUCGCCCCUACACCAACUACGCCUACCGAAACUACAUUUUCAGCAACAAUUUCUUCUUCAAGUAUGUCAUUCCGUGCACGUGCCAGGAUCUGCGAAAGGUCUUGUUCAGCCUGAAGAAGGGGGACUAUUCCAUGUGUCUCAAAAAAUUGGUCAACAUCUUCGACACCUACAAGGGUAUUUACUACCUCCAUUUGAUCGCCCUGCUGAAGAACGUGGCGCAUAUUAUUUGGGAGCGAUGGGCCAUAAUAGCCCCAAUGUACUUCCAUAACAGUGCUUUUCUACGUGUUAAAAAAAAGGAAAACCCCCUUUGGAACGUCAAUUUGGCUGAGUGUCAAGAAUACGAGGGAGAAUGCUCCUCUAAUAAUACCAACCAGGAUGGGAACGAGCACAGGAACCGUGCCACCGCCUUUGUCCUACCAAUUGAUAAAAAGUUCCCUUUGAGGAAGUGGAAAAAUGAUUUAGUCCUCUUCCUGAAGGAAGCAAAAGCUGACAAGACGAAAUGGAAAAAAUUAUUGAAAGUAGGGUUCACCCAGCUGAGGGAAAUUUACCAUGACAUGAGUGACACGUACGGCAUUAUGUUGAAGAAGUUACAGAAGGAGUACCUUACCAUGUUCAUGCAAAAAUUCGAUGAACAAAAAAAAACGUGGAACGACAUGUACAGCAAAGUUGAAGAAAAUUACAUUAAUAAAAUGAAGAACGACUUUGUCUACCUCUACGAUCGGAAGAUAAAAAAAUAUUUUUAUUACAACUGGUUCAUUACGAACCAAUUUAACCUGACCGUGAAGUUGUAUUUCCAGCAGUGCCAGUACCUCCUCACACAAUAUAUGAAUCGUGUGAAAAUUAUGUACGCAGAAAAAGGAUACGAACAGAGGGUCAACAAAAUAAUUGCCGAUGUCCAGAAGAAAGUGAAAAAGGCACUCUGGAAUUACACCUCAUUAUGUGACUACAACUUUGAAAUAAGAAACGUCUCCCAUUAUAAUGAUCAGAAUGGUGGAAAUUCCAACCUGAUAAAUUAUAUCCUCUUUCGUAAGAAUGAAUUGAACAAGGAGAGAUACAUCGUGCAGACCAAGGGGAAAAAGGAAAGGCUAGUUAUGCUCAUAAAUGUGAUAGAGAAGGAAAAAUUUUUAUUUUAUAAACUCCUUUACUUCCACUGCUUCAGUGCUGGACAAAUUCAAAUUGUGCACUCCAUGCUACUCUUAAUCAAAAUAUUUGAGAAAUUAUUUUUUUUAAAAAAAAGUGAAGAUAUUUUUUCCAGCUUUACUUAUUACCGUACAAGCUUGGAGAAUUUCACAUCCGCAGAAAGUAACAACAGCUAUAUUGGAAGGAAUAAGCACCUGUCCAGUUUCAUUGACGUCAAGCGAAUCAAUCGCCUCUCCCAGUGUGUGUUAGGCGGUGGGGAUAAUGGGAGUGAGAUAACAAACACGAAAUCGGCUAACCGGAAAGCAACGCCCAAACAUGCCGCCUUCACAUACCUACAAAACACACACUUCCUUCUGGGUAACGAACUCCUCAUCGAAGCCAUAGGGAUUGUGAACAAGUACUCCACGUCAAAUCUGACUUAUGUCCAAAGCGAAAUGAAAAAUCGCACACGCAAGCUGUACUAUGGGCUGUACCGCAAUGUAAAGGAGUACGGCAAAAAAUACACACCCAUGUAUAAGCCCAGCAUGAAAAGGAAGGUGAAUAGGAAGAAGUUAAUUCGAAAUAUUUUAAGCAGCCGAACUUUAAUAACCACCGACCACUUUAAUUAUCUUACUAGUGAGCCGUUUAAGUCCAAAUUGAACAGCACAAAUAUUAUAGUAAAUUGCAAGAGGGAUAUCCCGAAGCAGGCCAUGAGAAUUUAUAAAAAUAUGAUUUUUUUCGUUUGCCGCUUUUUAAUAAGUAGGACCCUUUGCGAUAACAGUACCAUUUUUAACAUUUACGCCAAGGAAGACAAUAGGUACGAUGAUGCGGAAAUGCUGCAAAAGUUGGAAGCCAAUCGAUUCAAACCAUUAAUUGUGAAACGAAGGGGCAGAAGCCGACGACCAGGUGGAGUAUCAGGUGUGACCUACGCAAAUGGUGUGGACAACCAGGAUGGUAACGCUAGUCAGGGGGAAAUUGAAGCGGAUGGAGAUCAGCACAGUGUCCCCCCUACCGUACUAUCUGCUACUAACAGGAAGAACAAAAAAUAUAUUCCAACGAUAAGGUUCACGUCUUAUGCAUAUCCACUCAGAAGUACCCAUCUGGCAAGGGAAAAGGAAAGAUGCAGCAAAGAGGAUGACAGGCAAUUUCGAAAUGUGGUGGAGAAUGCCUAUGUGCCUCGCGGAAGUAAGAAAAUAUUUUACCGUAUUAAUUUGAUUGACGUAUCCAUGAAGUCGAUAAGCAAAAUGAGGUACUGGGAGAAGCAGAUGUCCCAGAUAAUCUCCCUCUACAAGGAUCUAUGCGCGCUUUAG